AUGAGAAAAUGGAGCUCACUUAUUCUGAUAAAGACACUCGCCAUCAAGAUAUUCUCCAUUCGACCUAGCUCGAUGCCAGAAGAACGCACAAUGUCCGUGUUCACGCACAUGAAUUCUGCGCUGCGAAAUCGUCAAGAUGUCCGAACCCUGGUAGAUAUGACACAGAUCCGACAGUGGCACAUGUAUGAUUCUACUUCAAAAUAUCCAGAACGUCCAACAAUCAAUUUCUACAACCUCGAUGCUCAAUUAUUUGGGUCAAAUACAAAAGCAGGUACACGGGAACAUGAUACCAUGAACAGCUUACUGUCAAUUGAUAGCCACGACGGAGAUGAAGAAAUUGACGAAGACGAGACCGGUACUUGGUUGGAUUACGUGCGGGAGAGUUCCACGACACCAAACGACAUUGAAUUCAAUGUGGAACCCGAGAUAGACUUGAACGCUGAUGGGUUCCUUGCAGUGUUGGCUGACUUGGCUCCUGACAGUGCAGGGAAGAAUAAGGGCAAGGGUAGGGCCGAGGAGAAUCAGGAGAUUGAGGAGAAUGGUGGUGGUGGUGACGACGAGUGGCCAGAGGAAUGGCCCUAA